ACCAUAACAAGACAAGGGCUAGGAGAAAGCAGUCUGUUCCAACAGGGAGGGCAAAAGAAACUUGUUGGGAACAGAAGGCAAGAAACUAGAUGGAAAGGGGGAACUGAAGAAUAAAAGAAAGCAGAAAACCUCUUUUCUAAAAUUGAGUAGAAUCACAGAAGAUAUCACAGAGAAAAGAAGAUGAGAUGAUCUGACUUGGGAAAUGGAAAAUAUAGCUGGGAUUGACCAAAAAAAAAAAAAUCAGAAACUGAGGACGGGAAAUCCAGGUUGGAAAUCACAGUGAGGAUCUCUAAGGAGAGGAUCGAGAUGCCGGCACCCUUUCCUUUGGGUCCGAGAGGAGACAGCGCUCAAUUACUGACCUUCCCUCUCCGGUCACAUGACGCGUGCUGGUAUAAAAGCUUUCUACCAGCCAGGUUCCUUACAAUUUUUUUCCUGUGUGAAAUGGGCGGUAGCAGUGGCUAAAACUCUGUUCCUCUUUCCUAGAAGCUUUCAGACUUUUCUCCAGGACCCAUCACAAGAAGCCAUCUAUCCAGAACCAAGACCAGAACAGUCAUGCUGGACUUGCACAGCUCCGUGAUCCUCACGGCCUACAUCUUCAUCUUCCUCACUGGUCUCCCGGCCAACCUCCUAGCCCUGCGGGCCUUCGUGGGGCGCGUCCGCCAGCCCCACCCUGCACCCAUCCACAUCCUCCUGCUCAGCCUGACGCUGGCGGACCUGCUGCUGCUGCUGCUGCUGCCCUUGAAGAUCACCGAGGCCGCGUCUAACUUCCGCUGGUACCUGCCUGGGAUCGUCUGUGCCCUCAUGGGUUUCGGCUUCUAUAGCAGCAUCUACUGCAGCACGUGGCUCCUGGCGGGCAUCAGCAUCGAGCGCUACCUGGGAGUGGCUUUCCCCGUGCAGUACAAGCUGUCCCGCCGGCCCUUGUAUGGAGUGAUUGCCGCUCUGGUGGCCUGGAUCAUGUCCUUUGGUCACUGCACUGUCGUGAUCAUCGUUCAGUACUUGAACUCAACCCAGAAGGCCGAGGGUCUGAACGUCAGUACCUGCUACGAGAACUUCACCAAAGAGCAGCUGGACGUGGUGCUUCCCGUGCGGCUGGAGCUGUGCCUCGUCCUCUUCUUCAUCCCCAUGGUGGUCACCAUCUUCUGCUACUCGCGCUUUGUGUGGAUCAUGCUCGCUCAGCCCCACGUGGGGGCGCAGAGGCGGCGCCGAGCCGUGGGGCUGGCUGUGGUGACGCUCCUUAACUUCCUGGUGUGCUUCGGGCCCUAUAACAUAUCCCACCUGGUGGGCUUCCACACGAAGGAGAGCCCCAAAUGGCGCGCGGAGGCUGUGGUAUUCAGCUCCCUCAACGCCAGUCUGGACCCCCUGCUUUUCUAUUUCUCGUCUUCAGUGGUGCGCAGGACCUUUGGCAAAGGGCUGCAGGCACUGCGGAAUCAGGGCUCCUUGCUGCUGGGCCGCAGAGGCAAAGAGACCGAGGAGGCAGCGAACGGGGACAGGGGUGUGAGUCAGACAGAGGGAGCGCCGAGUUCUGACUUCACCACUGACUAGGGGUGUCCCUGGACCUUCGGGGGCACUCGGGGUGGUGUCUGGGUGGAGCAGGCUGGGCAUCAGAGAGCAGGAGGGUUCCUGUCCCCGGCUCAGGAAUCCUCAGACCCAGUCCCCCACUGGGAUUGUAAAAACCCAUCUCCCUCACCACCUCGGAAGCCCUUCCUGACUGAAUUUUCUGUCGCAAAGGAGCACAGCUCCUUGACAAAAGGAGAGAUGGUCAGGCAGAGAUGCACCACCGGACCAGAGCUGCACAGGCCACUCAGCUUGCGUAAUAUAAAUUUAGUCCUUUUGGGAUGGUUGGUAGCUGAAGCGGAAGGUCCUAAAGCAACCUUGCUACCAGCUUUGAAACAAUACCUACACCCUGGCCGGGCUCUUGGUGCUAGAAAGAAGCCAAAGGGCAAGACAUAGAUGAGAAAUACUAAAUGAGGUCAAGGAAGAUGCAGGAAGGUUCUGGACCAAGGGACCCAGGAGGAAGGAUGGGGACUUGGGCCUCCAAUGACCCAGGUCUGGAUGGGAGCCACCCGACCUGCCGCUCUGUAAGUCUGCCCCAGCCGUCUUCAUGGGUGUAUCUGGUCUCCCCAUUAAACUGGGAGCCACCUGAGGUCUGGGCCUUGGCUUCCUCCCACACACACACACCCCAAGCCCCGUCACAGGUCAAAACCCAGUUAGGCAUCCAUCAGUUAGAGGUCAAGAGUGCGUAGCACAGGAAAAGUUAACCUGGUCUGGCAGAUUGAAAAUAAAGAUUAUAAAACUCA